AUGGGCUCGCAGCGCCGCCUGACGGAUGGGCUCGAGGACGGCGCGUACCGCGCCGCGGCGGCGCUGCGCGGCGCCGCCGACGACGCCGCCGACGCCCUCGCGCACGAGCGCGACCGCGCGGCGGCGGUGCUCGCCGCCGCCGCCGACGUCGCGCGGAGCAGCCUGCCGGGCUUCGGCGGCGACUCGCCGCCGUUCGGCCGCGACGCGCGGCGGCGGCGCACGCUCGGCACCGAGCUGCUCCCCGCGGACACGCUCCUCCGCGCGGAGAAGCUCGCGGCCAUGGUCAGCGGCUCCGGCGAGGCGCCGCGCAUGGACCCGCGCCACAGCGCCGACGGCGCGCGGCUCCUCGCGCGGACCAUCGCGCGCGAGGUGGCCUACGACCGCGCCGUGCGCCGCGAGUACUGCAACCUCGGCAUCUUCGUCGUCUACGUCGUCACGCUCCUGACGAUGAUCACGCUCCAGCGCGGCGUCGCGUCCGGGUCCGGGCGGCUCCAGGCCCUCGCCGCGCGGCGCACGUGGCUCGGCCUCAGCCUCGGCGUCACCGCGGACGAGUCGCGCGUCACGAACGAAUUGGUGAACGUCACGGGCGUGCUCGCGCACGUGCGGCGCAACGUCGAGACCAUCUUCGGCCGCUCGACCUGCGGCAACGGCGUCUGCGAGGCGCCCGACGAGCACCCCUUCUGGCGCGCGGCGGCCGACGCGCGCCACUUCGAGGGCGGCUGCACCUUCGACUGCGGCGCGAUCGCGACGGUCGAGGUCGGCGUGACCUUCUUCGACGCGCACAAGUACCGCAGCGCCGCGCAGCUCGUCCGGGCCCUCGCCUACCAGGACAAGGUCCGGGGCUUCACGCCGCUCCAGUGGGGCGCCGUCGACGAGCGGAACCAGCUCCUGCGGACGCCCGCGGCGGGCUGGAACGUCUGCAGCCGGACCGACGCCCUCGCGGGCCACUUCGAGAAGGUCUGCGUCUUCGACGGCGACGUCUUCAUCGACGGGCUGCCCUACCGGACCCUCGAGCUCGACGUCGACGACGCCGCGCACUUCGCGGCGAAGAAGACCGCGUCGCUCUACGCGGGCGACUGGGAGCUCGUCUACGCCUUCGCGAACUUUAGCUGGGUCCACCCGGAGACGGGCGAGGACGUGGUGCUCGCGCACCCGGCGCUCCGGGGCGAGCUCUGCGUCGGCGGCGCGUGCGAGCUCUGGGCCGCGUGCCCGAACGCGCCGUCCUGCGGCUGCCAGUUCGAGGACGGCGACUACGUCUGCUACGACCGCGACUACUGGAAGGGCUUCGACGCGGCGACGAUGCGCCACGACGCCGCGGACGCGGCCGGCCGCGACGAGUUCGACGGCGCCUACGCGGCGUACCGGGGCUUCGAGGCCGUCGCGGCCUGGUGGGACGUGCCGCGGUCGCCCCUCGACGACGGCUCGACGGCGCGGUCCUGGCGGCCGAGCAGGUUCGCGCGCAACGGCCAGCACCUGUGCCAGCACUGGUCGGGCGACUGCGCGGUCCACGAUUUGCUGCUGGUGCCCGGCGCGGGCUUCCUCGGCUGGGCGGCGGACGUGCUGGAGGUCUGGGUGUCGAACGCGACGGCGACCGACGGCCAGGCGGCGCUCCGCGACGGCCGCGCGCACCUCGCCUACGUCUUCGAAUUGGACGAGGGGCCCUGCGCGGAGCGGAAGGUCUUCCUCUGCGCGGACAAGCGCUACACCUUCGGCUUCCGGUCCGCGGGCGACGGCGCGCGCCGCGACACGACCCUGCUGAACUACGAGCUCUAUUUCGAGGGCGAGCUGCGACUGCGCGGCGCGGGGCCCGCGGCCGUCGAGGCCGGCGACUGCGGCGCCCUCGCGACGGACAAAGACGGCCGCUGCGUGGACCACAACGCGAGCUUCUGCGCCUACGGGAGCGACGUCGACGCGCCCGCCUUCUGCGACCCGGCCCGCGAGGCCUACGACGCGUCCCUGGCCUACGCGCGCGACCCCUACGGACCAAAAGCUCUGGACCGGUGCGCGCCGACGCGGACGUGCGCGGACUACGUCGCGACCUACGGCUACGAGCUGCGGGACUGCGGCGCCGCCAACGCCUCGAGCCCGUCGGCGGCGCCGACGGCCGCGCCGACGGCGGGCGGCGGCGACGCGUACGUCGCAUCGGAUCCCAUCGCCGCGUGCGACUUCUCCGACGGUUUGUGCGCGGGCUGGACCGGCGACGGCCUCGACGUCGCGACGGGCACCUUCUUCGGCGCCCGGGGCCCGAACCGGAACGGCGCAUAUUCCAAGGCGCCGGGCGACGCCUUCGCGGCCGUCAACGGCGCCGCGACGCCGAACGCGACCGCGACGCUCGAGUCGCCGGAAUUUUCCCUCAACGGCAGCGCCUACGUGUCGUUCCUCUACAGCGCCUACGGCGACAUCGCGCGCACCGUCGAGGCCUUCUACCUCGACGGCGGCGGGUGGACGCGGUGCUUCCGCGCGGAGUGGGAUCAGGGCGCGCCGUGGCGUACCGCGUUCGCGGCGCUGCCGGCGACGGCGACGAAGGUCCGCGUCGCCCUCGCGGCGAGCGCCUGGGGCAACGUCGUCGCACUCGACGACGUCGUCGUGGGGCGCGCCUUCGCCGCGGCCGUUUCGGCGAACGCGACGAACGCGACGGUGCGCUGCUACGGCGACUGGGCCAUCGACGCGGCAACGGGCGGCGCGGCGGCGCUGGACCACGCCGCGGCGCCGCCGGGCGACGUGGUCCGCUGCGCGGCGAACGAGACGGGCUGCUUCCGCUUCGAGUACGCGUGGCCGGCGGCGUCGCUCGCCGUGUAUUUCGGCGACGGCGACGCCUUCGAGCUGAACCCCCCGGGCCACCCGGAGACGUACAAGGCCUUCGCGGGCUGUUUAGGCGACCUCGCCGGCGCCCUCGAGGCGUCGGAGGCGCUCGGCGGCGCCAACUUGUUGAGCCACGGGGGCGACGGCGCGUCCUCGUGCGACGCGCCUUUUCACUUCGGGGACGCGCACGCGGGCGUCCGCGGCCUCUACAGCCGCCUCGGCGCCUGCGCGGCCUGUGUGGGCGACCUCUGCAACGGGCCGGACCUCGAGGCGGACCCGCCCUGGUACCGCAACGGCUUCUCCGUCGCGUCCGUCGCCUUGGCGUCGAGCCUCGAUUUAGCCAAGGACUCGUCGAGCUCCUCGCUUCCCGGCGGGUCCGUCGCGCGCCUCCCCCUGGGCGUCCGCGCGGCCGUCAUGAGCGCGGGCAUCCAGAUCGACGAGGCCGCGGUCGCCGCCGUCGCGGAGGUCCAAAUCCAGGCGACCGUGCCCUUCGCGCUCUACUUCGCGGCGCUCGACCGGCUGCGCCUCGAGGUCGCGGGGGACCCGAACACGGUGCCGAACGCGACGGCCUUCUACGGCGCCGACGUCGAGCGCCUCGUGCCGUCGCUCGCGUGCCCCGAAUGCGCGGAGCCGUCGUUCACGCGGCGCAUCCCCUUCACGGUGACGGACGAGGCGGCGCUGACGACCAGCAACAACGGUGGGGGCUGGAACCCCGAGGGCAACGUCAUGUUCCCGCACCUGGAAGACGGCGAGUUCCGCGUGCGGACCUUCGCGGAGCCCGCGAUCGUGCAGCACGGCCUCGUCGUCCAGCAGACGCGCAUCGAGAUGGCGACGUGCCCGCGGCGCGUGUCCCCGAGCCACGCCAUGCGCGACCCGCUGGAGAACCGGUGCGCGGACUACGGCGCGGGCGACAGCGACCGGAGCCCCUUCGGCAACGACCCGACGUUUAACGUCGACAGUUUCCUCUACCGCGGUACGAACGACGUCCACGACUACUACUCGCCCGAGAUCCAGGGCCGCCUCCGGGACACGGGCCUGCCCUACGGCUUCUUCUACGACGGCGGCGCCGGCGACGACCGCGUCGACGACUUCCCCGUCGUCUUCGACACGAUCAUCAACGCGUCGCGCGCCGAGGAGCUCCUGGCGACGCUCAUCGAGGGCGCCUACGUCGACGCGGCGACGGGGUCCGUCACCCUGCGGCUCCUCACCUACAACGGCGAGACCGACGCAUACACGAAGCUCCGGACCGUGUUCACGCGCGAGCCCUCGGGCCUCUUCUCCGCGGCGCACGACGUCUCCGUGCUCCGCGUCGACUACUACGCGAACACGCCGGAGCACGUCUUCCGCGGCGUCGUCGAGGGGCUCUUCGUAGUGGCGCUGCUCGCGCUGCUCGGCCGCGAGCUCGUCGAGGUCCGCGCGGCGUACGCGGCGACGGGGUCCGUGCGGGCCUACGCGGCCGACGCGUCCAACGCCAUCGACCUGGGCGGCUACGUCGUGCAGAUUUUGAUGAUCCCCGCGUGGGUCCGCGCGAACAUCGUCUGCUUCAACCUGGACAUCGAGCUCAAGUACGACACGCACGACGCGGACGCCGUGGGGCGCAUCUCGCGGUCGCUCGCGGCGACGGCGGAUUUGCUCGACUUCUUCACGGACCUCGACCGCGUCGAGCUGCUCUUCGGCGACUACGACUCCGUGUGCACGCUCGCGAUCAUCGCGCUGAGCAUCCAGCUGCUGAAGAACGUGCAAUUCCACCCGACCUUCGGCAUGAUCUCGCGGACCAUCCGCGCGGUCGCGGGCAUCUUGUGGUUCUGGCUCUGCAUGCUCGUCCUCAUGCUCCUGCUCUACACGUUCAUCGGGACGCUGUUGCUGGGGCAGACGCUGCCGGGCUUCGCGGACAUCCCGUCCACGGGCGUGACGCUCCUCGCGGCCAUGAGCGGUUUGUACGAGUACGACCGCAUCGACGCUAUGGGCCCACAUUUCCGGCAUAUUACCUGCAACUACAACUUCAUCUCGCUGGAAGCAGCCGCGAUGGCCGACGCGAACGCGCCGAUGCAAACGGAGACCGACGCGAACGCGCCGCCGCCGCGGCCGCCGACGCCGCCGCCGCCGGACCCCGCGCUCGUCGCGGCGGCCGCGAAGCUGCUCGCGGCCUUUGGUCCGCCGCCGUCGGCGGGCCCGCCGACGGAGGCCGCCGCCGCCGCGCGCGAGGCCGCCGGCGCGGAACUGCUGGCCAUGAGCCUCGACGGCGACCCGGCGCGCGAGGAGGCCCCGGGCGGCGCCGCGGCGGUCGCGGCGGCCGGCGGCGCCGACGUCGCGGGCGCGGUCGUGCGCGCCGAGGGGUCCGCGCCCCGGGGCGGCUCGCCGGAGCUCCGCCGGCAGGCCAUGGCCCUCCUGGCGAACCUCUGCGACCGCGGCGAGCGCGAGGCCGUGCUCGUCAGCACCAAGUGCCUCGUGGCCGUGUCCGGCGCCUUCUGCAUGGACGGCGCGGCCGAGGCGACGCACGACGCGGCCGCUGUGCUCUGCCACGCCGCCAAGCGCGAGGUCUGGGGGCCCAUGUUCGACAUGCCGUUGGUCGCCGAGCGCCUCGGCUGGAUCCUCUUCGAGCUCUGCUGCGCCAUGGACGGGCCCGAGGUCAAGCGCACGGACGCGGAGGACUUGCUGGUCAAGAAGUGCUUCGAGCUUUUGUGGCGGCUCCGCUUCCACCGCGGCUCGAAGAUCUUCGCCAACUGCUGCGAGCUCGUCACGCGCAAGUGCGUGCUCACGGCGGCCAUCUCCUACAUCUACGACCCGCGCGCGCAGGAGCGCCGCGACGUCCGCCACCCGCGCGACGGGCCGGUCCGCGACGCGCGGCCGAGCGGCCUGGACUGCUGCCUCCGGGCCCUCGAGGGCAUGAGCAUCUACGACGCCACGCUGAACAACGCCAAGGGCGCGUCGCGGUUGAGCCGCGCGGCCGACGCGGCGCGCGCGCUCAAGGCCACCGGCGACCUCCGCGGCAACGAGAAGAUCUCGUGCGAGAUCGCCAUCCACACGGCGCUCCAGUCCGAGGACGCGUCGGGCUUCCGCAACAACGCCCCGAAGCGGCCCCGCGCGCCGCCCGCGCCGCCGUCGAAGCGGGCCACGCGGUCCUCGGCCGCGGGCGACGACGACGCCGCGCCGCCGGCCGGGGCGCCGCCGGGGGCGCCGCCCGCGGACAACGGCGUCGCGGCGAUGCUCAUGGACGACUAG